GCCAUAUGAGCAUGACUGAGAGGCAGAAGAAGAAGAAGAAGAGAAAAAAAAAACUGUCCAACCCCUCAGAAGAUUUCCUGUUUCAUGAAAAGUGCACACAUACUGUGAGUCAUAUAGGGCAAGCCCUGCCUGGUGUGUUUACUCUGCUCCUUCUGCUCGGAGCUGUGAGGGAGUUCAGGGGAGCAACAGGCGGACUACAGUCUGGAUAUUAAACUUCUUCGGUUAAUGAAUGAGAGAAAGGGGAGCGCACAUUCCGUUUCAAAAUGGAGCUACUUCGGUUUUCCGCUUUUUGGUGUGGAACGAUACUCUUUGCUAGCCUUCUGCUGGAGGAAGUGGAGUCCAAUAUAAUGAAAGUAAGAAGACUGUGCAAGUUCUGUGAUGUGCGGAAAACCAACUGCACAGGGAAAGGGAGCUGCAAGGUGGAGUGUGACAUCACGUCCAUCUGCCCAAAUGACGAUGAUGUGUGUGUCAGUAUCUGGAGGAACAACGAUGACAACAUCACCUUUGAUACGGUCUGCCACAGCCCGUCUCAGAAGCUGUACGGCUUGGUCCUGGAGGAUUACAACAACAGCAAGUGUGAGAUGAAAGAGAGGAAGGGCAUGGGAUCACAGUUCUUUAUCUGCUCCUGCUCUCAGGACGAGUGCAAUGAACAAAUCUUCUUCAACUCAAACAUGGAUUCCCAGGUGGUUGCAGUCAUCCUGGUGAGCCUAGUGCCUCUGCUGGUCAUGGCUGUCUUCGUCAUCACUUCCUUCUACGUCUAUCGGGUCUACCGCCAGCGUCAAGCCAGCUCCAGACGCAAGAAGGGUGCCCCGAUGGAUUUCAGCGACGCUCGCGCCAUCAUGAUAGACGACGAAGGCUCAGACAGCAGCUCCACACACGCCAACAACCUCAACCACAACACGGAGCUACUCCCCAUUGAGCUGGAGACCCUGGUCGGGAAAGGACGCUUUGCAGAAGUUUACAAAGCCAAACUGAAGCAGGGUUCUUCAGUGAGCGAGGAGCAAGGCUUCGAGACUGUUGCUAUUAAGAUUUUCUCAUAUGAGGAGUAUGCAUCAUGGAAGAAUGAGAAGGAGAUAUUCUCAGAUGCUGAUUUGAGGCAUGAAAAUGUGCUUCACUUCCUGACAGCAGAGGAGAGGAAGGUGCAGAGACAGUACUGGUUGAUAACAGCCUACCACCCAAGAGGGAAUCUACAAGAAUACUUGAUCCACCAUAUCGUCGACUGGCACGACCUGUGGAUGCUGGGGAGCUCGCUAACAGAAGGAGUGGCUCACCUCCACAGUGACCACACCCUCUGCGGACGCUACAAGAUUCCUAUCGCUCACAGAGACAUUAAGAGCUCCAACAUACUGGUGAAAAGCGACCUGACGUGUUGCCUGUGUGACUUUGGCCUUGCACUUCGCCUGGACAACACUCUGUCUGUGGAUGAGUUAGCCAACAGUGGGCAGGUGGGAACAGCCAGGUACAUGGCCCCUGAGGUGCUGGAGUCCAGAAUCAACCUCGAAAACAUAGAGUCUUUCAAACAGGCCGAUGUUUACUCCAUGGCUCUCGUGCUGUGGGAGAUCAUCUCCAGGUGUACUGCAAUCGGAGAGGUGAAAGAGUACGUGCCUCCCUUCGGAAACCUGAGGGAACACCCCUGUGUGGAGAGUAUGAAGGACAGCGUUCUCAGAGACCGAGGACGACCUGAGAUCCCCAACAGCUGGAUCAACCACCCGGGCAUCCAGAUAGUGUGCGCCUCCAUAGAUGAUUGCUGGGACCACGACCCGGAGGCCCGUCUCACAGCACAGUGUGUCGCCGAGCGCUUCAACGACAUGGACUACCUGGACAAGCUGUCAGAUCGCUCUGACUCGGAGGAGAAGAUCCCUGAAGAAAUCUUAGUGGUGGAUGAUGAGAAGUAGAGCUCAGCAGAAAGCUAGCCCUCCUUAGGGCUGCCAGAGCAAUGACUACCAAGCAGCUGGAAGAAGAGGAAGAAACUCCAGCGGGAAGCAUUGUUAGCCGUGGAAGCGUCAGAGAUGUAUGACGGAUGUGCAAACUGGAAAAUGAUCAAUAUGAAACAAGACGUGGACUUGUGCAGAACAUGAAUAUGAACAACAGUGACGGACUUUCUGUUUUCUUUAAUAUGCUUCAAAGACUGGACCAGUCCUAAACAAACAGGGAAUAACGUUACAAAGCUUUUUAUGACCAAAUCUCUUUGCACUUUAUCAAUAUCUAUGCACAACAACUUAUAUGUGUAUAAUCAGUGCCUUUAUUAUUCUUAAAAUACAUUUCAGGUAAAGGAAAAUAAAGGGAGCGCAUGGAUUCAGAAAGGUCUGUAAAGGGAGUGGUGCAAAAUAUAAAGAUGCUUAAUAACACUAAUAUCCUCUGCAGAUCAUAUUACUGGAUAUUUUUAUGCUCUAUUUGGUGGCCUUGCAUUAAAUGGAUAUCAACCAGACCGAUUCACACAUGAUUUCUUAGACUGCAAAGGAAUAGAAGAGUGCAUCUAUGGCAGCAGUCUGCAGGGAAAGGUGAUAUCGUAUCUCAAGAACCACGAAAAACAAAGACAGCAAAACCAGCCUGAAAGGAAAAGGGAACAGCUAUGUUACUUUGUGUGUGUGGGUGUGUUUGCGCAUAUGUGUGUGUUUGUGUGUGUGUGAGUGUGUGUGUGUGUGUGUGUGUGUGUGUGUGUGUUUGAGUGUGUGUGAGUGUUUGUGUGUGUGUGUGUGUGUGUGUGUGUGUGUGUGUGUGUGUGUGUGUGUGUGUGUGUGUGUGUGUGUGUGUGUGUGUGUGUAUUUUUUUAGAGGAAGCUGAUAUACAUUUUUUUUGUAUUUGAUCAGCCAAUAAUAAGACGAAUAAAAAUGUGUACAUAGGAUUUCAAACUGGAAGCUCCAGCUCGUUCCCAAAUGUGUUUAUGCUUUAAAAGAUGAACUUCUUUCUUACAUGAGAUAAAUCCUGAUCAGGUGAUCAGACAACAAUAUCCAUAUCAUUUUUGUACAAAAUUGUAAAGCCAUAAUUAAAAGUAUUACAGUGAUAAGCUAA